ACGACACGGACAAGAAGAUUCCAGAGAAGAAAAGAGAAUCAUACACAUCUGGAAUUGCAUGAGGCAGGACAACAUGAUUAAAACCAUAAAGCUCCUGGACAGGACAAAUGAGAAAUGUAUUAUCAAACCAACUUGGAAGUCCCAAACAGCAAAGGAUAAGAAAAUGUAUGAUCAAAUUGGAAGGAUGAGGAGAAUGAGUGCCUUCCCUCAGAAUGGCACAGCUCUGGGAAAUCUGGGACGUACUGCGAAUGAAAUCCAACAGGAAGUUGAGAACAAUACAUCUGAAUUGGUAUCGGAUCUUGGUAACCUGUCAGCCAGAGCCAGAAUUCAAGCCAUACGGUCCUUGCCUAUGUCAUAUAAUGAAAGGAGAAGAAUCAGGAGCAGAGUGAUCUCUGUCAAACUCUCAAAGACCAUUUUCCCUGUGGACUGUAGUCAGCAGGUCUCGCGGUCUUUUCGCAGAUUUGGUACCACUCUGGCAUCAGCCAGGCAGCAUUUGGUUGUAUGGCAAGGCACUCUGAAGGAGAUAGGGGGCAGGUUUGGCACUUCCGUCCUCUCCUACUUCCUGUUUCUUAAAUGGCUACUGAACUUCAACCUCUUCUCCUUGAUCAUCAACUUCUGCCUCAUCACAAUCCCCCAAAUUGUGCAUGCACCCAAUGUCACUAGUGUUACAGGGUUCAGAGGUCUUGAGCUCCUCACAGGAGUGGGUUAUUUCAACCAGACGGUGCUAUUCUAUGGUGGCUAUAAUGGUGAAGUGAUUGUAUCCAGCCCAGCCUACAACAUGCAAUUGGCUUAUUUUUUCACCAUAGCUGCAUAUCUAGUGUUUUGUGGGGUGUCUCUUAUCUACAGCAUGUCCAGAUCCUUUCAGCAGAACUUUGUGUUAGCGUCAGGACCUGUCUCUGGAGGAGAAUGGCGUCUGCUGUGCAGCUGGGAUUUCAGUGUUGUCAAUGAGAAAGCCAUACAGAACAACAAGAACAACCUUGGCAUUCAGCUGAAGGAGUCUUUAUCAGAACGGUUACAGAAGAACAUCACAAUAUCUGUGUCUGACAGGAUAAAGCAUCUGUUUCUCAACCUACUCUCCUGGCUCCUCUCUUUAGGACUUGCCCUAGGCUGCUGUGCAGGCAUCUACAUUCUGGGGAUUAAUCAGUUGGACACAAAGAACUCCGAUUUGAAUCACAAUCCAAAUGAUUUAAAGGCUGAGGCAUCUACUUUGCUUCUGCCUGUGGUCGUGUCACUCAUCAACCUGAUUGUGCCUCUCCUCUACUCGCUCAUUAACAAAAUGGAGCGUUACUCCAACCCGCGGGCAAAGAUCUACAUCAGCAUCAUAAGAAAUGUUGCUUUAAAAAUGUCUAUUCUUGGAAUUCUUUGCUAUUACUGGCUGCAUGUUGUGCCCACGAACAUUUCAUGUUGGGAGUCCUUUGUGGGCCAGAGUGUCUAUCGACUGCUGAUAAUUGACUUCAUAUUCUGCCUACUUGGCACUUUCUUUGGGGAAUUCCUACGCAAUGUAAUUGGAACCACAUAUGUCCUGAGGCUUGGUGUCCCAGAGUUUGACAUUGCUAGGAAUGUACUUGAUCUGAUCUAUACCCAGACACUGUCUUGGAUUGGAAUUUACUUCUCCCCCCUCCUUCCUGUAAUGCAAGUCAUUAAACUGUUUAUCAUUUUUUACCUGAAAAAGAUCAGUCUGAGUGUGAACUGCCAGCCUCCCAAACACACCGGCAGAGCCGCCCAGAUGCAGACAGUCUUCAUUGCUUUACUCUUUUUCCCCUCGUUUGUGGGUGCACUGUCCAUGGUGGCAUACACAGUGUGGAGUCUAAAGCCCUCAGAUCAGUGUGGGCCAUUCCAGGGGCUGGAAACCCCCUUCAUGGCCAUUUUCAUUUGGACUGAUUCUAUUCAGAACCUCCCAGGAACCAACUGGGUCUGGUGGAUAUUUGCAAAUGUGCUGAGAAAUGAGCUCUUCUACUAUUUGAUUACCCUCAACAUUCUAGUCAUCACUUUUUUUAUGUGGCAAGUCACUCAGGGACGGAAACAGCUCAUCAAGACUCUGAGAGAGCAGAUUGUGAAUGAAGGAAAGGACAAAGCCUUUCUCCUGGAUAAACUACAGAAUAUACAGAAGCAGAGAAGGCAGAUCACAUCAUUCAGACCUCAGGACUUUGACCAGGCACCACAUUUCAUCCCAAGCUGGAUGAACACUCUCCCCUUGGACAUGUGACAUGUUCUCCGAUUAUUUGUAUGCUGUAUUUGCCCUUUUCUGUAAAUACUGUAUUACUCUACUCAUUCGAUACAAUUUAUUCA